GCAGUAGCAUCACCGAGAGACUUCCAUUGGUACCAACUUACCUGUACUGCUGAUUAUAUAGAAAAGAAAGAUAGAGUGAAGAAACAAUGGGAUUAAGUGACUUAACAAAAAUCAAAUACUUAGCUUGUAUAUUCGUAUUGUUUUUAAUGUUCGUGUUACUGCGCAUAUACAGGAAUUCCUCGUUGCAAAGAGAAGAAAAAGAUAAUCUUUACAGUGCCGCCAUGACGCCCAAUGAAACGGGGAAAACUCCGAAACUUAUUCUAUUUUACAACACACUGUGGGGAAAUCGAUUAUGGCCUGGUUUUGAAACAACAGAACGCUUUAAUAACUGGGGAGGCAAGCCUUGUAAAGUGCAGAACUGUCGAGUAACGUAUAACAAAAAAAUGAUAAGCAAAGCAGAUGUAGUCAUUUUUCACGCCUUUGGCGGUGACAUGUUGCCACAAAGACAGAUUUUAAAAGUCAGUAAACAAAGAAAGCCUGGCUCAUACUGGAUUUACUUUCUGCACGAGAGCCCGCAAAACGCCAGACCUGACCCAAGCUUGUAUGACGGCCUUUUUAACUGGACCAUGGGUUACAGAAGAGACGCUGACAUUGUAGUGCCGUACAAUUGGGAAUGGGGAACAUGGCGAAAACGUACCCCUGACGAUCCUCCAGUCCGAUUUCGAAAUCAUGCGGAAGAUAAAGACAAGUUGGUGUGGGGUGGCAUCAGCCAUUGUGGAUGCAUGAGGGAACACUACAUCCAUAAACUCACUGAGUAUGUUAACAUCGAUCUUUAUGGACAAUGCGCAAAGAAAUUCUAUAAAAAUUUACCACCAAAUUGUCCUCGCGGUUCCGCGGAAUGCAACAAGCGCUUGAAAAAAUACAAGUUUUACCUGGCGCUUGAAAACUCUUUUUGUGAAGAUUACACUUCAGAAAAGUUUACAGAAACAGUACUCGAUGGCCAUACUGUACCCAUUGUAAUGGGUGGAGCGGAUUACAAAACGUUGGGCUUGCCUAACUCUUUCAUUAACGUCAAUGACUUUGACACGAUUGAAGAUUUGGCAAACUACAUCAAGUAUCUCGAUGAAAACGACGAUGCUUACAACAAACACUUUGAAUACAAGAAAAAUUACAUUCUAGGAGAACCACAAUCAUGGAGUUGCAAAAUCUGUGAAAUGAUAAACUCAGAUGAUCUAGAACCGAAAACGUAUCCCAAUUUAGGUGAUUGGUAUUCCAUCAAAAAUAACUGUGGUACGCGACUCGAAAGGUUGAGAGAAAUUAUGCAUCGUUCAGGCGUACCGCAUCCGUACACAGACGAGUAUUACUUGUACGAUUAUGAUUUUGAUUAAAGUCUCCUAACAUAUAGGUUCGUGUUUGUUGAAAUUUUUAUUUGACGUGUUACGAGUAGUGAUAAAAAUAAAAUGAAAUAGAACUUGAAGAGAGUA